AUGUCCAAGUCGAAUAUCGUAAUCAUCGGUGGUGGAUAUGGAGGCGUAGCUGCUGCCCAAAAACUUGAAGCUGCGUUACACAAUACACAUCGGAUUAUCUUAAUCGAGCGGAAAACUCACUACUGGCAUGCAAUCGGGGCUCCACGAACGGUCGCAGUAAACAAUUUCGAAUCUCAGCUACUCAUCCCCUAUGACAAUCUCUUUAAGCACGACGGAAAGGUUAUCCAUGCAGCUGCAGUUCGACUGAGUGACAAUGAAGUAACAUUAGACAAGGUUGUCGAUGAAUUUGGAGAUAAAGUCCCAUUCGAGUAUGCUAUAAUUGCUACCGGAAGCGAUAACGCUAAACCUGCCAAGGUCGACGGAAGAAACAAGAAAGAUAUAGUAAAAGAAAUUGCUAUUUACCGGAAUGCAGUGAAGAAUGCAAACAAGGUGUUAAUUAUCGGAGGAGGCCCCGUUGGAAUCGAGCUUGCUGCUGAAAUAAAAACUACGUACGAAGAUAAAAAAGUAACCGUCGUUCAUCCCCGUGAAUUACUUCUCAAUGAUGACUUUCCAAACAAGUUCCGAGAUCAAGUUACCGCACGUCUAAGAGCCCUAGGCGUAAAUAUCAUUCUAAACGAACGCGUACAAUUUUCAGCCUCUGACAUUGGCAAUGGAGACAAAAAAGUUACCCUUGUAACGGACAAAGGCACUAAAAUCGAGUCGGAUGUUCAAUUAGUAGCCACAGGAAAUCACGUCAAUUCUGGGUUAGUUAGUACACUAAGCCCUCAACUAAUAGAACCUGAUACUGGGUUGGUCAAAGUACUUCCUACGCUGCAACUCGAACAUGAAGGAUACAAACAUAUUUUUGCCUUGGGAGACGUUGUUAAUGUGAAAGAGACGAAAAUGGCGUUCAGAGCUGGCCUUCAAGCCGAUGUAGUUGCUAGAAACAUAAUCGCAUUGAUCAACGAGAAGAAAUUAAUCGAGUACAAACCAGGGGGGCCUAUGAUGCUUCUUACUCUUGGUAAUAAUGGUGGGGUGGCGUUGCUUCCCAUGUUUGGUGGAAUAUUGGCUGGAAAUUGGAUGGUGAAGAACUUGAAAUCAAAGAAUCUGUUUGUUAACAAGAAUUGGAAAAGUAUAACUGGGGGAUCGCCGCCUUCCUUAGAAUAA